GAAAGAGCGAGCGAUAGCCUUGAAUGAGCUCAUCCCCUCGGCAAACUGCAUACCGCAGCGAGGCUAAACCGCAACUUUCUACCAAACUUCCAAGUUGCCUUUCGGAGGGAGACACCGGGGACGGGGUUUUCGGAGCUAAACCGGAACCAGACCGCGAAGACAGAGGACAAAAAGGAGCUCUGCGUAGUUUUUGACUCGGGACUAAGCAGCACCGCACGAGUUGAGACAAAAGGAGGAAAACCGCGGUUGUUGUGUGACAUCCAAAAAGAGGAGAAAAAAGCAUUCUGUAUUUGGAGUGGAAAACAUGUCAAGUGGCGGUGUUGGUGCAGUUAACAAAGCAGCAUGGAAGCUUGAGUGUUGAAAAGCUUCUCUUCACCUGUUGAUCCAGACAAUCAAACUGGUCAUGAGGUCAGGGAGCAGCAUCCAGUCCCAGAAGCCACCAUGUGUGUCUGCUAAGUGCCAUUAGCCUUUGGCACUGGUGCCAUGACCAGCCUGAGGUGCCCACCCAUGGAGUGCACUGUUGGGGGUACAGUCCCUGCCACUAAUGAAUUUUACACUGACCACCUUCGGGCAGUUAACGGAGGGGCUUUGCCGACCCGCACAGACAACUUUCAUGGCAGUGUGAGCACAGGAGUUCCUAAAAUGGGUGUUAGAGCUCGGGUGGCAGACUGGCCCCCAAGAAAAGACAUACAAGGGUCUCUGUGGCACUCAUCUACUGAAGCUACGACUGGUGUACCCCCAUCGGGUAAAAGUCACAUUAAACUGGGUUCUGUUUUGAGCCCUCAGGACUCCUCAAUGCUUCGGAACAUCCACAAUACUCUGAAGAAUCGAACUCAUGCCCAGGUUAACAAUUACAGCCCGGAUACCCGAUACCUGUCCCCAGGUGACCACAGAGGGCCUGCACAUAAAAACCCACGGCAGAGACGCAUCCGUCAGCGAAGCAAUAGUGACAUGACUAUCAGUGAAAUGGAAGGCAGUGGAGACAGUGGAGAAGACUGGGGUCCAUCUGCAGCACCUAAAUGGUCCCCUCUUCAUCGCGAAUAUGGUAGCACCUCCUCAAUAGAUCAGCAUGGAGUAUCUGGUGAUAGCUUCUUUGAAAUGCUUAAGGGCUAUCAAGGGACCAAAGUUGACCAGCGUAGUCCUGCUCCUGAGAAACUGGAGGACAUACUAAAUGUUGGGAUCAAUCACGGGAUCAUGGAGCUUCAAGAAGAUGUCCCAGAUGGCCAUUUUCUUAAACCUAGGGACAAGGACAAGCCUCCAAAGAGACGGACCAAGUCUGAAAUAGGGGGCGAGUCUAUAUUGCGAAAACUUAAGAAUGCACGAGGUGAGCUAGACUCCCCAAGAGCUGGGUCCGACGUAGAGGACAGUCGGAUAGAGGACACAGGCCCUCCUUUAAAACCCUGGAUUUGUCAAAAAGGUUUUGCACACUAUGAUGUUCAGAGCAUUCUUUUUGACCUCAACAAAAUUAUUCAGCUGCGGCAGACUGCAGGCAAAAGGAAAAACACCACGACUGGGGCAUCGGCUGCUGCUGUAGCUUCAGCUACCUCCACUCUGUCAUCCACCCACAGCCUGCCUUACAGUUCCCCUAGUGGAAGUCAAGAGGAGCUCAGUUCCAGAGAUAGUCCAAGCUUGGAUGCAGGAGAUGAACAGAGCAAUGAAAUGCUUCUGAGUUGUCCCUGCUUUCGUAAUGAGAUCGAUGCUGAUGGGUUUGUGAGACGCAGGCUGGGAGCAGGCGGUGCAGGGUAUCACGGGCUGAUGGGUGGUGGAGCAGGCAGCAGUGGCUCAGGGACCAUGACUGGGGAAGUGAACUUGUAUGAAACAUCUUUGAGCACGCACUGCACCAAUGCUGGAGUAGCUGUUCUCGAGGGACCUAAGGACGGACCUAGCACACUCAGCGAAAAGAGCAAACAAUACAUUGUGGAGCACGUGGACCUGGGAGCCUAUUACUACAGGACGUUUUUCUACCUUAGAGAACAUUGGAACUACUUUGGAGUAGAUGAGGCAUUGGGUCCAGCUGCAGUGAGCUUGCGCAGAGAGAAGCUGGAGGACGAUAAGGAGCAUGGCUCACAGUAUAACUACCGCCUCAUCUUCAGAACCAGCGAGCUGACAACACUUCGAGGUUCUAUACUAGAAGAUGCUGUGCUCUCGACCUCUAAGCAUGGCACCACCAGAGGGCUGCCCAUCAAAGAUGUACUGGAGUACCUUCUACCAGAACUGGAUCUGUCCUGCCUCAGGCUGGCCCUCAACACUCCCAAAGUCACUGAGCAGUUGAUGAAGCUGGAUGAACAAGGGCUGAGUUUUCAGGUGAAGGUGGGCGUGAUGUACUGCCGAGCGGGGCAAAGCACAGAGGAGGAAAUGUACAACAACGAGACAGCUGGCCCCGCCCUGGAGGAGUUCCUCCAUCUGCUGGGGGAGAAGGUCCGCCUCAAGGGUUUCACCAAGUACAGAGCCCAGCUGGACACCAAAACGGAUUCCACAGGCACUCACUCCCUGUACACUUCCUACAAGGACUACGAAAUCAUGUUUCAUGUCUCGACAAUGCUGCCUUACACGCCCAACAACAAGCAACAGUUGCUGAGGAAGCGCCACAUUGGAAACGACAUUGUGACCAUUGUGUUCCAAGAACCGGGAGCACACCCCUUCACUCCCAGGGCCAUUCGCUCCCACUUUCAGCACGUCUUCAUCAUUGUACGAGUGCACAACCCCUGUUCUAACAGCACAUGCUACAGCGUGGCUGUCACUCGUUCUCAGGACGUGCCAGCCUUCGGCCCGCCAAUCCCUAAAGGUGUAACUUUCCCCAAGUCUUCUGUCUUCCGGGACUUCCUGUUGGCUAAAGUAAUCAACGCUGAGAACGCAGCCCACAAGUCUGAAAAGUUUGGUGCCAUGGCAACUCGCACCCGACAGGAGUACUUGCGGGACUUAGCUGAACGUCAUGUGACCAGUACGCCCAUAGAGACCACGGGGAAGUUCCCUUUUAUCCCUCGUGCUCACAAGCGGAAAGAGAAGAUUCGUCCAUACAGCGGGGCGGAGCUGCGGAGUCUGGGGGCCAUAACCUGGCAAGUUCACGCUGAAGACCAGGUAGCGGGUGCUGAACGUGAAUGCCUCCUGGCCAUUUCUAACGACUUCAUCAUCCUGCUGGACCAAGAGGCAGAAGCAGUUGUGUUCAACUGUGCCACACGUGACGUGAUUGGCUGGUCGACAGGAAGUCCCGCCUCCAUGAAGAUCUACUACGAGCGUGGCGAGAGUGUGUCGCUUCGCUCCAUUAAUAACAACACAGAAGACUUUGGAGAGGUUGUGAAAAGACUGGAGCUAUUGACCAAAGGUAGUCAAACUACAGAGAUGACUUUGCGUCGUAACGCCUUGGGACAGCUGGGCUUUCAUGUCAACUUUGAGGGCAUUGUAGCUGAAGUGGAGCCCUACGGUUAUGCCUGGCAGGCCGGGCUGAGACAGGGCAGCCGACUGGUGGAGAUCUGCAAGGUCUCUGUGGCUUCGCUGUCCCACGAGCAGAUGAUUGACCUGCUUAGGACCUCUGUCACUGUCAAGGUGGUCAUCAUUCCUCCACAUGAAGACUCCACCCCACGCAGAGGUUGCUCAGAAAUCUACCACAUGCCACUUGUGGACUAUAAGAAUCACAAAGAGGGCAUGCCCUAUGAGUUAAAGUUCCCCUUCCGGCCGACAAACAACAACAACAACAAAUGGCCACGCUCCUCGUCCAGCCCUCAAACUCGGGCCGCCGGAACAGGAGGAACCUUAAUCAAGGCACCGCCGUCAGACUUCAGUGAACGCAACUCUGCUGCCAUUCCACGCAGUGUGUCAAGUGAUGGUCGACCUCUCAACCCUAAAAGAUACUCCCCAGGAAACGACAACUAUGCGCUCGCCUGCUCCAUUGUGAUGGGUCGCACACUUCACAACACAAACUCACCCUCCAGCUUCUCCUACACUGAGACGACGAGCUCCAGCCACUGGAGGCAGAAGUCUGUACCUGAUGGGUUCAAUAACAACAGCCAGUCGCCGGUCACGUCUGUACGGCAAGUGGCUGGUGAGGUGGUCAAUGGGAUGAAGGUGGGCUCUAGUACUGGUGUUGGAUGGUCUCGAAGUGGGGAGGGUGAUGCCACCAGUAGACUAGGGGACAAAACCAGCUCAGAUGCUGUGGUUUCCAAAGUGGUGAUUCCUCGUCUCCAGCCAUCAGAUCCCAACAGCCAUCUGUCUCCUAACAGGAACACUAAGGCGGAUGCGGUGUAUUCAUCUAGCCAGUCGAGCAGCAACACGCUGUCCAGCAACGCGUCCAGUUCUGCACACAGCGAUGAAAAGUGGUACGAAGUUGGUUCCCGCUCCGGAGUACGGAGCGACCUGGAGCUCAACGGCUACCUUCAGGGCACCUCUACUGACAGCGGCAUCGAUGCCACCUCCUUCACUGCCACGCAGAGCAGCACAGCUUCCUCCACUGGUGCUUUCAGGUCUAAGGAGAAAAUCCCAUGGCAGGAAGAUCCAGCAGGCAGCCAGAGAGCCACUAGUACAUCUCCAACAUCAGACUCGCUUGUCGUCCCUGGAUGCAGUGAGACUGCGACAAAGAGUCCCUCUCCUUUAGCAUCAGCUCCUGAAAGUGGCUCCUGUAGCAGUGACUCCCACUCCAGUACAAUCAGCUUUGGUCACUCUGGGAGUCCGAUGGGACAGAGCUGCAGCGUCAUGGGACCACCGAAUGAAACAGCUGCCACAAACGUUUCGCCCACAUCCUCGUCUCAAGGCAACAAAAGUUUCUACCCUCGUCAAGGAACAACCUCUAAGUACCUCAUUGGCUGGAAGAAGCCUGGAGGAUCGGUCAACUCUGUGGACUUCAGCAGCACUCGCAAACGGCACCAGAGCGAUGGCCUGCUGGGUGGUCAGCCCCAGCUCAGAGCCCAUCUUCGCGGCUCCCAGUCGCCCCAGCGCCAGACUGCCAAGUCCAGCCUGGAAGAAGAACUGAAGAAGCUCAUCACACUUGACAGCCCACCACCUACAACAAGUGAUGAGAAGCCCUUGUUUCCGGGUCCACCACCCAGCCGUCGCUCCCUCCAGAGGACGCUGUCGGACGAGAGUAUCUACAGCGGGCAGAGGGAGUCGUCCGCCGGUGGGCAGCGUGACUCGUCCGCCGACCUUUUGUUCACCUGCUCCACCAUACCACGCUCGCCCAUCACUCGACAUGGACCGAGCCGGCGAGCGCCACACAAAUCCCUCGGAGACCUGUCGGCUCCAGAGAGUUUAGAGCUGGAACAUGAGAAGCAGCAGGACCCUGUUCUCAUGCCCCUCCCUGACACUGAAACCGAUGGCCCGCUUGAUUGGGCCCAUCUGGUGGACGCUGCCAAGGCGUUUGAAGAGCAGAGACUGGUUUUUCUAGCUGCCCAGGAGGAAAGCUCCACAGCUGAGAGCACAUCAGCCUCCAGCCCCCAGCAGGCCGAGCCUCAGGUGGCUCCACAGAGACAGCCCUCACCGGGAGAAACUCCAGUGGGCUUAAUGGGUAAGAUGAGCCAGCUGGAAUCCAUGGUGAAGACACUACAGGAAGACUUAAAGAGGGAGAAGGAUGCCAAGGCGACACUACAGGUGCAGAUUGAAAGCCUGCGAGAAGACAACCAGCGUCUCCUGGAGGAGUCCUACAGCGCCUCAGCCAAGCUCAAGAAGUUCACAGAGUGGGUCUUCAACACCAUUGACAUGAACUGACGCACGUCACCUGCUCUCCACUGGGAAUUUAACCACUACUCGAGCUGAUUUCAAACUUUGAAUGCAGCUCAUUUACAGGUUUUUACAAGUUGGACUGUUUUACACGCCGACCUUCUGGAGCUUUGUGGCUCCGUAAAAUUAAAUCACCACCGAAGAAUGACUUUGGAGACAACCCAGAGAGGAAAGAUGAGAGAAGCAGAUGAGCGAGUCAGGUUUUAACAGCAUGCACUCCCUUCUUUAGGAGUACACAAGUUCAUCUUUUGUUUCCGAUCUUAACGAACUGUUGGUAUCUCUGCAUGGCAAAGAGCAAGAUGCUGAAACUAACGUAAAGGGAACGAAAGAGGUUUUUUAAAUUUAGGUUUUUAGCUAACCUCACAAAGAGUGAACCAAUUUAAAGUUAUAAAGCUCAAAUCAAAGACAACUCCUUGAUCCC